CCCCACCUGGAGCCCCGCCUUCCGCCCCGCCGCUCAGUCCCCGGCUCCGAUUGGCUGCAGCAGGAGGCGGCGAGCCAAUCCUCGCAGAGUCUAACGCCCUCCUCCUGGGAUCACUUCCGCCACCGGGCAGGCCCGGCUCCGUUCGCCCGGUAUCGCGGAGCCGCGGAGUCAAGAUGGAGGAGUACGCGCGCGAGCCCUGCCCCUGGCGCAUUGUGGACGACUGCGGUGGGGCCUUUACGAUGGGAACCAUAGGUGGUGGGAUCUUCCAGGCAAUCAAAGGCUUCCGCAAUUCUCCAGUGGGAGUAAACCACAGACUAAGGGGGAGUUUGGCGGCUGUUAAAACCAGGGCCCCGCAGCUGGGAGGUAGCUUCGCAGUUUGGGGAGGCCUGUUUUCCAUGAUCGACUGCACUAUGGCUCAGGUCCGAGGGAGGGAAGACCCCUGGAACUCCAUCACGAGCGGUGCCUUAACCGGAGCCGUCCUGGCGGCAAGAAAUGGACCAGUGGCCAUGGUCGGGUCGGCUGCCAUGGGUGGCGUUCUCCUGGCUCUCAUCGAAGGGGCUGGUAUCUUAUUGACACGCUUUGCCUCUGCCCAGUUUCCCAAUGGUCCUCCGUUUGGUGAAGACCCCUCCCAGUUGCCUUCAGCCCAGUUACCAGCCUCGCCCUUCGGGGAGUAUCGACAAUACCAGUAGGACUUCUCUCCCGGACUUCUACAGAGUGAGCUCAGUCUAAGGAAAGAUGUCAGAAGAUCAGGUUCAGUCUGGUUUUAAAACCGCCGGUGGGACAACUGUGGCCAAAGAGGCUGUGAAGAGACUUUCAGCACCUUUUUGUAUUUAAAGGAACAUGGUUGGGGCGGGGGGUGGGGUGGGGUGGGAAUCUUAAAAGAUAAUACAUUUAUUUAUUCACACUUGGAUUGCAUUUGUGAUCAAAAUAAAUGUCUAAAAUCGUUAGAAGGAAAUACAGUGAGUGCUUAGAAGAUGGAGGACCACACGGCAAGCAGCCAGGAAGCGUGACUUUCCUCGGGGGCUUUUCAGCCUGGCUUUGUUCUGUUAGUCAAAUAAUAAAAAAUGCCUGGAGAUUGCUCUCUCUUUUAGGAUGA